CGCGCUGCGCACUCGAUGCCGGAUCACGACAAGUAUCAGUUGCGUCCACGCGCCGCGCGCUCCCGCGAGCCGCGCGCGCGACGCACCCCACAGCCGCUCAGCAAGUACAGAAGGAAAACAGCAAACGCGCGGGAAAGAAGCCGCAUGCGCGAAAUUAACCGCGCCUUCGAAAACCUACGACGAGCCGUCCCCGCAUCCGAGAUCACUGGAAACCCUGUUCCCUGUGAAAAACUUACGAAAAUCACCACUCUAAGGCUGGCUAUGCGCUACAUCACGGCGCUGUCUUCAGCUCUGCGUGAUACCAGCCCGGAGCGGGAUAACAAUUCACGCCCGGACCGCUGGCCGUCACCUUUUUGCUCGGAUUUGUCUGAAUUUUCAACGGAACAAGAAACCACAUCAGAGUUCACGGAGGACUCCUUAUCUCCGUUCGAUUCGUUCUUCGCUGAAUUUGACUACGAAUAUAACAUGGACAGGACAUUUGCGUGAAGUGUAGUGUCGGACCUUAAAUUAGGUAUUAUCUCAUUAUUGCCAUAUUAAUUAAUGUUAUGCAUAGUUUAUCGAGUGAGUUUUUGAGAUCUUUAUUUAUUUGUUUAAUUAAUAAAUUGUUUUUGUUA